AAGAUAAAAACAAAUCAACCGUAUUAUUUAUAUACAUGGGUUUUCCCGUAAUCAUGGUAAUGUUGAAAUACUUUCGUUCGAACAGGAUUGGACAUAAAGUUCUUCAGGAGUCUUCAGAAACUGAUAAGAAUGAAGGGUUACUUGAGAUUACUGGGUUUGAUAGUUAUCGUUGCUGAAGUAAAGAUAAUUAAUGGUUUCCCGAAAGCUUGUAGUGCAGGACAGGUCACGAGGCUGUCAUUGUCUGGGGAUUAUAUAUGCUGUAACACAGUGAUAUGCCAACAAGCUCAAAAAUAUGAUUUUUGUGAUAACCAUAAUGGUCACGAUACCUGUAGGAACUGCCCGGAAAGCACAUACCAUUUAGACAUUAUCAAUACUGCUGAAAUGACCAAUAUCAUAGAUCCAUGUAUACCGAAACCUACAUGUGAGCAACCUGAAGUUAUUUUAGAAAAAGAUGCUUGUGUUUGUGAUAGAAGACGUGGUUACUACGGAAGUGAUUAUAACAACUGUUUACUAUCCCAUGUUUCCUGUUCCAGUCCGGGAUUUGAACUUAAAAAUAACGGUAAGUUUAGAGGCAAUGUGGAUCAUGUGCUGAAGGCUUUUUCAAACCGGAAGCUAGCGAUGAACACAUAUGUAGGAAGAAAACAAUGCAAGUGUUUUGGGUCUCAAGAAAUUGCUGAUAACGGUUCUACAGCUAAAGACAUAUCUUGUAAGGCAAGGAAGAAAGUUAAUCUGCAAGAUAUCAAACCUCUAGAGCAAUUAACAGAAAAUGCAGGUAAAAAUAUCACUUUAACAUACGAAGAAUUCAUCUUCUUACGAAGUAGAGUAACGAAGUUAGAACAGCAAUUAACAGAGUUAGAAGAAAAGAGUAAGGCUGCAAUUAUAAGAUACCCAAAGGUAAAGAAAAAAUAA